AUGUCUGCUUCCGGGCCAGAUGUCCUCAAGCCGAAGUAUGGCCCUAAAGUAUUACAACUCCGCGAGAUGGUCGCACAGCCAGUUUUUGCAGCCUUUUGCGCCGGGGGAGUAGCUGGUGCUGUCUCCCGAACAGUCGUUUCACCCUUGGAAAGAUUGAAGAUUCUCUUCCAGAUACAAAGUGUUGGUCGGGAGGAAUAUAAGCUCUCGGUUGGAAAAGGACUCAAGAAAAUGUGGCAGGACGAAGGAUGGAGAGGGUUCAUGAGAGGAAAUGGCACAAAUUGCGUGAGAAUUGUUCCCUAUUCCGCAGUACAAUUCGGAAGCUAUAACUUCUACAAGAAAUUUUUUGAAUCAUCCCCUGGAUCAGACUUAAAUUCGUUAAAACGUUUAGUCUGCGGUGGAGCUGCCGGCAUAACCUCUGUUUUCUGUACAUAUCCUCUUGACAUUGUUCGAACCCGUCUCUCCAUUCAAUCCGCAUCAUUUGCGGCGCUCGGCCCGGAACACACAGCGAAGCUACCCGGAAUGUGGGAAACACUGAUCACAAUGUAUAAGACUGAGGGUGGUAUACGUGCAUUGUAUAGAGGCAUUAUUCCAACGGUUGCGGGAGUAGCACCAUAUGUUGGCUUGAAUUUCAUGACUUAUGAACUUGCUCGAGGGUACCUAACUCCUGAAGGGGACAAAAACCCCAACGCUUUACGCAAACUCGCAGCCGGUGCAAUAUCAGGGGCCGUUGCUCAAACUUUCACAUAUCCCUUUGAUGUUCUUCGUCGCCGCUUUCAAAUUAAUACGAUGUCGGGAAUGGGUUACCAAUACAAGUCGAUCUUCGACGCUGUUAGGAUCAUAGUUGCGCAAGAGGGAAUCAAAGGCAUGUACAAGGGCAUUGUACCGAAUCUCCUGAAAGUUGCGCCCAGCAUGGCUAGUAACUGGCUUAGCUUUGAGAUGACUCGAGAUUUCUUGCUCACUCUGAGGUCUGACGCCGAGGAUUUGUGA